GUUUCUCUUUCUAAUCUCCACUAGUCUUAAAGUUUCACUCUUUAGCGGCAUGCUUAUCUCCUUCUCCCUUUAACUAUAUUAGGGUUUUAUUCAUUUCUCUUUAAUCAUCUACAGAGAUUACAGAAAACCCACAAGUUUAAUUUCAUCUUUCCUCAUACCCUCUCUCUAUCUCUCAGAAUUGGUCCGAUCUUAUGGCUGUCCUGCCGCUUCCCGGUCUUCCGGUUGGUUAUCGAUUCCGUCCAACCGACGAGGAGCUUAUCAAUCACUUCUUGCGAUUGAAAAUCAACGGUUUCGACAAAGAAGUCAGCAUCAUUCGUGAAAUCGAUGUCUGUAAAUGGGAACCCUGGGACUUACCCGGUUUAUCCGUGGUGGAGUCGACGGACGAUGAUUGGUUCUUCUUCUGCCCGAAGGAUCGAAAGUAUCAGAAUGGACAACGCUUGAACAGAGCAACCGAGGCGGGGUACUGGAAGGCAACCGGAAGGGAUAGAUCGAUCAAGUCGGGUAAAAAGUCGAAUGUCAUCGGCAUGAAGAAAACUCUCGUCUUCUACACUGGCCGAGCACCAAAAGGACAACGCACUUUUUGGGUUAUGCACGAAUAUCGUGCCACCUCUAAGGAUCUUGACGGCACAAGACCCGGACAGGGUUCUUUUGUCCUCUGUCGUCUGUUCAAGAAGCAUGAUGAAACUUUGGAGGGCAAGAAUGAUGAGAAUGGUGAUGAAGCACUGGAAAAUACCCCAUCGCCUCCCCUAGUUAAACCAUCUGCUGAAGAAUUAUUGCAGUUUGAGCCAGUAACACCACUGACAAGCGUAAAGCCAAGCUUCAGUAUUGAAAGCAACAGCAAGACUGCUGACAAUUCCAACCAAGCAACUCCUGAGGCCUCUUUACCUGUAACUUGCCCAAAUAAUGACUUUGCAGAUAACUGUUUGUACGAUCCGGAUCCUGUGAUGGAGCAAAUGUUGAAGGACACUUGUGGGCCUAUGCAGUAUGAGCAACCGUUUAAUUAUGGUGAAAACGAUACAGAUAUUGAAAGUUUCUUGAACACAGUCCUGCUGAACUCUGACCUCUUUCACGGUGAACCUGAAAAUCUGAUGAACUCAGCUGUCAACUUUGAAGGCUAUAGAUAUUCUUCUGAUGUGUCUGAGCUGCAAGCAUUUGCACCACCACCACAACCACCACUACAGGAUACUGUGAUGAAUUCAAAUGGUUCGGGCAUAACAACAGAUGAUGGACCUUUUUCUAUGUGGGGUUUUGCUCAGGAUGAGUUUCUAGGAAUGGGCGGUGGCACUAGUAGUACCCAUGCAGUAGUUGGUAGUGGGGAUACGUCUGAAACUGGUAUUACGAUAAGAUCUAGAGCUCCUCGAGCUAGAGAGGCAGAACCGAGCUUUGAGCAGCAGAUAGUACUUCAGGGGAAUGCACCCAGAAGAAUCAGACUGCAAAAGAAACUUCAAAUGGGAGGAUUACCUGAGAGCAGCCAACACCAAGUAAAGGAGCAGAUGGCGAAAUCAACCGGAAGGAGGAGUUGUACUGGAUAUAUUGUUGGUGCAGUGUUUUUUGUUUCGGUUCUUGCUGUUGGAGUAUUUAGGUGUCUUUAGUGAUGGGAGCAACUGGUUAAAUAUAGAUGAUGUUGUUAUUUAUUAUUGCAGCAACUAAAGGAGUUAUGACUUAUGAUAGACAUAUAGAGUGGGGAAAAGCUUGUAUUUGUUUAUAUAGAGUUGGUUUUUCAAUUUUGCUUAGCAGUGAUAGGUACUUUAUUAUUAUUCAUACAUACAUGACAAUCACCUUUGCACAGUACAGUAUAAACAAAAAAAAAAACUCAAUAAUGUUUUAUUAUCUUUCAAGAGCAGUAAACUUAGUUUUAUUUAUGUUCA